UAUCAAGCCAUGGUCCUGCAUCUUGAAGACCCACUUUUGGGGAUAAGGUUUGGAGAUUUGGAGAGGCGGGGCGCAGCUACCCAUGAUUUGUAUACCAUUUACCAAGUGUGUACCAACCACUGUACGGCAAUUAUUCCAUGUGUAUAGGAUCAAUUAUGGAAGCAUCCAGCAGAGAAUAAGAUAUAUACUAUUCCACUCAAACACUCUCAAAUAUUUCACAUCUCCCCCCAUCCCAACCCACAACCUCAAGAAACCGAGCAUGUCGCAAGCUGUCUUACGCCUCGACGGCGAACGCAUCUCCGUCCGCAACCUCAAAGCCUUCCAGAGGCCAAUCCAAGAGCUCUCCAAGCAUGAAGUCCUGAUCCGCGUGCACAGCGUCUCGCUCAACUUCCGCAACAUCGCCGUUGCCACCUCUCAGUACUCCUUCCCCGUCACGGACCGCGUCAUUCGCUGUUCCGACGCCGCAGGUCUUGACAAACAUCCCAGCUGCCUCGGUAGUCAAGGUGCCCAAGGCCUCGCCCCAGAGCUUCUCGGAGUGAUCGAUCCUGGUUUGCACGGGGGUGACGGUAUGGAAUGCGCUAUAUGGCAAUGUGCCUCUCCGGCCGGGCCAGACUGCUUUGUGCCUGGUACGGAAGGAGUCCCCAUCACUGGUGUGAUUCUCGCUAAAGCUGCCGGCGCCACCACGAUUAAUACCUCGUCCAGCGAUGAGAAGCUUGAGAUGGUCAAGUCCAAGUUCGGGGCGGACUAUGUUUUCAACUACAAGAAAUAUCCCGAGUGGUCGCAGGAAGUGCUGCGACUCACGAACGGGAAAGGAGUGGACUACGUCCUGGAGAAUGGUGGCUCGGGUACAAUCACCAAGAGUUUAAACUCGGUCAAGAUGGACGGCAAUGUCUCCGUUAUCGGCUUCCUGUCGCAGGCGAAGCAGUCUGAAAUGCCUGAUGUCGCCAGCUUGGCGCUGGCCAAGGGUGCAGUUGUGCACGGCAUCACGGUGGGCUUGACCCAGCUGCUGGAGGAAGUCGCUCGGUUUGUCGCGAAGAAGGGACUACCUCUGCCGGUGGAAUUGGAGUUCCAGUUCACGCAGGAAGAGGUUGUUGGGACGUAUGAGUAUAUGGCAUCUGGAUCCCACAUUGGCAAGGUGUGCAUCAAGCUUGUUGACAAGGCAUAG